AUGGGCGUGAUUGGUGCUGAGAGCGCACCGUUUGCCGCCAGUAUUAUCGAUAAGGGGAGAUUACGACCGCUCUUCGCAAACGACCAUACCAUGUCCAAGUCCCCGAUUACUUGCCAUGUUUUGGACUCAUCUCUCGGAAAACCUGCUGAAGGUGUUCGAGUUCGUCUGAUGUUCUACGGCGCCGCGGCUGAGGCUAUGACCGGCGCGACAAGCGGGAUGGUAUCCUUAGGUUCGGGGCAAACCAAUUCUGACGGCCGAUGCAUCGAUCUCCUCCCGGCGCGUGAUGUUCAAACACUGUCUGCGGGCAUUUACAAGAUAGUUUUCGAGACCAAGGAUUACUUUGCGGGGACCGGAAGGAAGUGUUUCUAUCCCUUCGUCGAGGUACUCGAGAUCCAUGUUCUCCCGCUGUCCAUGAUUUCACCAACGAUCCAGAUCACCUUCGAGGUCGAGACUCCAGAGCAGCAUUACCACAUUCCGCUCUUGAUCAGCCCGUACUCGUACACCACCUACCGCGGCAGCUGA